ACGUCGAUUGCGUUGUUGGUGCUCGUAAUUGGGAAAUCAAAUGCCAAUAUCGAUAACAUACUUAGUUCAUUUAACAUGUUUAACGAGUCCUGCAAAAUCUACAACGGUACCGUUCUGGAAUUCAACUGUGAGGUGCACUCGAUGACGACGUGGAGAUUUUCAGAGUUCCGUCACUGGACUUUGUUACAAAGCCGUCCAAAAAUCUAUCUGAACAUCACAUGUAAAGGUGGACAACUCGUCCUCACUCAUCCAAUAAAUGCCGGGAAUCUGACAGAAUUAAGGAUAAGGGACUGUCUAAAUAUAACGGGGAUGUUCGCAAAGUUUGAAGAAGGAGUUCUGGAGGGUUCUUUUGCCACAAAGAUGUCUGGGACACUAAGGGAUACUGACAUGACAUUACGAAUUUUGGAAAUUACAAAUUCUUCCUACUUGUACAAUACCAGAAGCGUUCUUCAGCAUUCUGACUGGUUACAGAGACUCUACGGCUGCAUGACCUUCUUUCCUCGAGGGCUUCGUGUCUUGAAACAGAGUAAAACACAUUUUGAGGGAGAUUUUGACGGAUUUCAGGACCUACCCGUGGGAAAUAUCUGUGAUUAUAACAGAUUGGAAGUGUACGAAAAGUCUGUUUUUCUCUCGAAGAUUCUCUUUUUCGACUAUGAAUCGGAGAAUGAAAUAUUUUAUUUUCUACGUUUUGGAAAAUUCAAGAACUUGCGUGUUGCAAAUUUCUCGAAUAUGAACCUACACUUUAUACCAACCCAUUUUACGGAGUACAACUGGUUUCGACGUUUUGAAUCCAUCGAAAUAAUUGAUCUUUCGCAUAACAGAAUAAAAGAGAUUCCUUAUCUAAGAAAUCCAAAAUCAGGUGUAAAAAUUAUUUUACAACACAACAAUAUUUCCAAAAUCACCAUGACCUUGAUAGACAAACUUAGACAGGUUUAUGGCAUGCUCGUGGAUUUUUCCAAGAACAGAUUUUCUUGCACCUGCGAGGACGAACAAGAGACGAUACUUCGCUUUGUCAAGAACAAAAUAGAAGAAAACUGGGCGACCCCCUACCGAUUCCUUGGAAACGAAACUUGCUCAUUUCCAUCAACAUUAGAAGGGAUGACCUUCAAAUCCCUUGACGCUAAGCUUCUCUGUCCAGGAAUAGCCGACCCAAUACCAUCCAAUACUGCCCAAUACCCGAAUAUCUCGUUCAUCAUUCUCAUUGUUCUGGCAGUUGUCGCACUUAUUUGUAUUGCUUUUAUGUUUCGUAGGGAGAUCAGAAUGUUGUCCUACACAAGACUAGGGAUCCGCUUCUGGAGACCAAGAAGAAACACCGCCAAGGAGUACGACGCGUUUAUAUCUUACAGCACAUUGGACGAGAGUUGGGUCUUGGGAACUCUUUGUAAGCGCCUAGAGAAACUGCGGCUUUGUCUUCACCAUAAGCACUUUGUUCUCGGAGCCUGCAUAUCGGACAACAUUAUAGAAAGUGUGGAGAGAAGCAGACACACUAUAAUUGUGUUGUCCGAGAAUUUUUUGCAGAGCGAGUGGUGCCUGUUGGAAUUCCGAAAAGCUUUUCAUCAGACUCUACUGGAAAGGAAACGCCAUUUAAUUGUUAUCCUGAUGAAUAAUGUUAAAAUUGAUACGCUUGAACCGGAAAUGAAACAUUUCUUACGAACUCAUACUUACCUUAAACUGAACGACUUCUUGUUUUGGGAUCGUCUUAUUUAUGCUGUUUCCGAUGCAAAGUUUCAAUCGUCUGAGAAAAGAAAACAUCUUAGAAAAGAGAAUUCUUUGUCUGUAGACAAUAUGGAGGUUGACCCUCUGAAAUCGGACACUGUUCUUACAAUUAAUAAUAGUAACUAAGGGACAAAAUUAGUGUUUGCAACUUUACAAACUCAUGUACAUGUAGGUUAGAUCUUACUGCUUUUUGUAGAUGAUAGUAUUAGAAGUAGCUAUAGGGUACUCUUUGUUGUUUGCCUAGAAAUGUAACGUAUAACUGACGACACUGAGCUCAGUUGAAAGAUAUAUCACAGUUCAAAUGUAUGUUGAAAAUAGAUGUGACGUCAGAGACCUUUUGCUGAUUUACUUUUAAUCUGUGUUGAGGCAGUGCUUGCCAAUCUUUUUUAUUUACCUGCCCUUUGAUGUACAUGUAAUGAGUAAAUUGUUUCAUGUAACCUUUCGCGUGACAAUGGAAGACAAAUACAUAGAUCUAACUUUUUUAAUUUCAAAUUACGUCUCUUUCAUUACUUGGGUUUUUAUUUUCUCGAGGUUGUCCUGCAAAUAUGAGGUAUGUACAUACAUGAUGUUUGUCACUUAAAUUGAAUUAUAGGAAGUAAUUAUUGUAUAAGCAUAUAUUAUAUUC